AAUAUAUCUAUCCCCCAACCUCUCCAUCCUCAUGAUCUUUCUCCACCGAGUCCACCCCAUAAAAGAUCUUCUCCAUCUCCUCCCCAUCCCCCUCUCCACAAUCAAUCCAUCCCCUAAUUCUCACAGGGGCAGAGAAAGAGAUGAGGGAGGUGAUAAGCAUUCACAUAGGACAGGCUGGGAUUCAGGUGGGGAAUGCUUGCUGGGAACUCUACUGCCUUGAGCAUGGCAUUCAACCAGAUGGCAUCAUGCCCAGUGACACCUCGGUAGGUGUUUCCAAAGAUGCCUUCAACACCUUCUUCAGUGAAACCAGUGCUGGAAAGCAUGUGCCGAGGGCAAUUUAUGUUGAUCUGGAACCAACUGUGGUUGAUGAAGUUAGGACUGGGGCUUAUAGGCAACUUUUUCAUCCCGAGCAACUUAUUUCUGGCAAAGAGGAUGCAGCGAAUAACUUUGCUAGAGGACAUUAUACUGUUGGGAAGGAUAUCAUUGAUAUAUGCCUUGAUCGAGUGAGAAAAUUAUCUGACAAUUGCACUGGUUUGCAAGGAUUUUUGGUAUUUAAUGCUGUUGGUGGUGGAACUGGUUCUGGGCUGGGGUCCUUGCUUUUGGAGCGCUUGUCUGUAGAUUAUGGAAAGAAGUCAAAACUUGGCUUCACCAUCUAUCCUUCUCCUCAGGUCUCAACUGCAGUUGUGGAGCCUUACAACAGUGUCUUGUCCACUCAUUCUCUACUUGAGCACACAGAUGUUGCUGUGCUCUUGGACAAUGAAGCUAUUUAUGAUAUAUGCAGGAGAGCCUUGGACAUCGAGAGGCCGACUUAUACCAACUUAAAUCGCUUGAUCUCUCAAAUCAUCUCUUCACUUACCACCUCCCUGAGGUUUGAUGGUGCCAUUAACGUGGACGUUACUGAAUUCCAAACUAAUCUGGUGCCAUAUCCUCGUAUUCAUUUCAUGCUGUCAUCUUAUGCCCCGGUGAUCUCAGCUGCAAAAGCUUACCAUGAACAACUAUCUAUUCCCGAGAUCACAAAUGCUGUGUUUGAGCCCUCAAGUAUGAUGGCCAAGUGUGACCCAAGGCAUGGAAAGUACAUGGCAUGCUGUUUGAUGUAUCGCGGAGAUGUAGUGCCAAAGGAUGUUAAUGCUGCUGUAGGCACCAUUAAGACGAAAAGAACUGUUCAGUUUGUUGACUGGUGCCCAACUGGUUUCAAGUGUGGCAUCAAUUACCAGGCACCUUCAGUGGUACCAGGGGGAGACCUUGCAAAGGUGCAGCGCGCGGUUUGCAUGAUAAGCAACAACACUGCAGUGGCUGAGGUUUUCUCCCGAAUUGACUACAAAUUUGAUCUCAUGUAUUCUAAGCGAGCAUUUGUCCACUGGUACGUUGGUGAAGGCAUGGAAGAAGGUGAAUUCUCAGAAGCCCGUGAAGAUCUCGCUGCUCUUGAGAAAGACUAUGAGGAAGUUGCAGCAGAAGGUGGUGACGAUGACGAAGAUGAACCAGAAGAGUACUAGAUUUACCUUGUUCCACAGUUCUCUAUGCCUGUCUCUUCUCAUGCCUUGCUCUGUCUUUUGUUGUAAUACGUUCUAAAACUAUUCCUAUAAAUGACAUUUAUGUUGUUCCUUCCUGGUGUUGUUACGGUGGAUUUAAUCCAUCCUCUGCAACAAUGUGUUGGUGUAUCACAAUGAAAAUUGAAUUAUUUUCUCA